AUAUAACGAGGAGCCGCCCCCAUCCCUUGUCCAAUUAUACAACAAGUUUCAAGAUUAUUGAAUUUGUCAGAAAAUGAAUGAAAUGAAUAUGUAUUUUACGAAAAAUGGUUUUAUUGUUUAAUAUUUGAGAAGAUAUUAUAUUGUAUGAUAGUGAGACAAAAAUCACACUAAUUAUUGAUGACCAAGUUUUGAGUGAUAAAUCUGGUUCAUUCAUUUCCAUUGAUUGUGAUAACAAAGAAUGGAGAAACAAGAGAUUGAAGAAGAGAGCAGUAAUAGAGUGGGUUUGUUGAAGAGAUGUACUACUGGUGGAAGUACAGGGUCAACAAGGUGGGUAGAUGGUAGUGAAGUGGACUCUGAAUCAUCGCAAUCAUGGUCACUUUUUGGUGAUGAAGAAAUUACCAAACAAGGUUAUGGAUCUGUUAGAAGAAGAUUGGUUAAAAAACCUAAAAGACUUGAUUCUUUUGAUGUUGAAGCCAUGGAGAUUUCUGUUGCUCAUGGCAAUCACCAUAAAAAGGAGGCUUCUCUUUUGAGUACACUUGCUCUAGCAUUUCAAACGCUUGGUGUGGUAUAUGGUGACAUGGGCACAAGCCCUUUAUAUGUUUUCUCAGGCGUUUUCAGCAAGGUGCCCAUCACAUCAGAAGUUGAUGUCUUGGGGGCAUUAUCCAUUGUGUUAUACACAAUUGCUCUCAUUCCACUAAUGAAAUAUGUAUUUAUAGUGCUCAAGGCUAAUGACAGUGGAGAAGGAGGAACAUUUGCACUUUAUUCAUUGAUCUGCAGGUAUGCAAAUGUCAACCUUCUUCCCAAUCGACAGCCAGCUGAUGAACACAUCUCAAGUUUUAAGCUCAAGUUACCUACUCCAGAACUGCAAAGGGCUUUAAAUAUAAAGGAAGUCUUGGAACGUAAAUCUUCUCUGAAAACCCUUGUCUUGCUAUUGGUUCUGAUGGGAACAUCAAUGAUCAUAGGUGAUGGUAUCUUGACCCCAGCAAUAUCAGGGGCAGAGUGGAAGAAUAGGCAGGGAGAAAUGAAAUUAUGCCAUCUAUUAAAGAAAUAUUACUGGGAAGUCGCAAAAUUCCGGGUUAUGUCUGCUGUAAGUGGGCUGCAAGGUAGGGUCCCGGGAUUUGGCACAAAUGCUCUUGUUUUCACUUCAAUUAUCAUCCUUGGUGUAUUGUUCAGUAUACAGCGAUAUGGAUCAAGCAAAGUGGGAUUUACAUUUGCACCUGCCCUGGCUUUAUGGUUCUUCAGUCUAGGUGCUGUAGGAGUUUAUAAUCUUCUGAAGCAUGAUGUAACUGUCUUAAGGGCCUUAAAUCCAUUUUAUAUAUAUCUGUUCUUCAAGAAGAACUCAAUCAAUGGAUGGUCAGCUCUUGGUGGCUGUGUUUUAUGCAUCACAGGAGCGGAAGCAAUGUUUGCUGAUUUGGGUCAUUUCUCUGUGAAGUCUAUACAGAUUGCUUUCACAAGCGUAGUGUUCCCCUGCCUUUUUUUGGCCUACUUCGGCCAAGCUGCUUAUCUAAUGAAAUUCCCAAAUUCAUCUGAGAGAAUAUUUUAUGAUUCUGUGCCAGAUGAUCUCUUUUGGCCAGUUUUUGGGUUAGCAACGGUAGCUGCUAUAAUUGCCAGCCAGGCCAUGAUAUCUGCUUCAUUUUCAUGUGUUAAGCAAGCUAUGGCUCUUGGAUGCUUCCCAAGAUUGAAGAUUAUUCACACCUCAAAGAGGCACAUGGGUCAAAUUUACAUUCCUGUCAUUAAUUGGUUUUUGAUGAUAAUGUGCAUGCUUGUGGUUGCUGUCUUCCAGAGCACGACAGACAUAUCUAAUGCCUAUGGCAUAGCUGAAGUUGGUGUCAUGAUGGUUAGCACGACUUUGGUUACAGUCGUAAUGCUACUGAUAUGGCAAACAAAUUUGUUUCUGGCUCUCUUGUUUCCACUUAUAUUUGGAACUAUAGAGCUUAUUUAUAUGUCUGCUGUUCUAUCCAAGAUCUUCGAGGGUGGUUGGCUUCCGCUAGUUUUUGCGUCUUGGUUCCUCUGUGUGAUGUAUAUUUGGAACUAUGGGAGUGUGUUGAAGUACCAGAGUGAGGUCAAGCAGAAGAUUUCAAUGGAUUUCAUGCAUGAGCUUGGCUCUUCUCUUGGGACGGUAAGGGUACCAGGGAUUGGUUUACUCUACAAUGAGCUGGUUCAAGGCAUUCCCUCUAUUUUUGCGCAGUUUCUAUUAGAUCUUCCAGCUAUUCACUCUGUGAUAGUCUUUGUCUGCAUCAAAUAUGUGCCAGUACCUGUUGUCCCUCAGGAAGAAAGGUUCUUGUUUAGAAGGGUUGGUCCGAAGGACUAUCAUAUGUUCCGUUGUGUAGCUAGAUAUGGCUAUAAAGAUGUCAGAAAAGAGGAUCAUCAUGCAUUUGAGCAACUUUUGGUAGAUAGCCUUGAGAAGUUUCUAAGAAAGGAGGCCCUGGAUGUUGCUUUGGAAAUCAACCUGAAUCAACCAGACCUUGAUAGCAUUUCUGUGAGGUCAAGGGAUGAGUCUGAAAUACAAGAUGGUGGUGGUGAUGGUGAUGGGAUAGACGAGCUUAAGAUUCCAUUAAUGCGUGAUCAAAGAUUGGAAACUUCAGGGGCAUCAACAUCAGAAGCAUCCCUGACGUUACCAGCCAGUGUUAUGCCAGUUGAUGAAGAUCCUAGUCUGGAAUAUGAGCUCUCUGCUCUCCGAGAAGCCACAGAAUCUGGAUUUACAUACUUGCUUGGACACGGGGACGUGAGGGCAAAGAAAAACUCUUGGUUCAUCAAGAAAUUGAGCAUAAAUUACUUCUAUGCAUUCAUGAGGAAGAAUUGUAGAGGAGGUGCUGCAACGAUGCGCGUUCCUCACAUGAAUAUUAUCCAAGUAGGAAUGACAUACAUGGUUUGAUCUUGGUGCCACAUAGCUACUUGUAUAAUUGCUGUAUUACAAUUUCUUGAUGCCAAAAUUUUCAAGGCAUAAAAGAAAGCAUGAUGUUUCAACAACAUAUCACACUCUUGCAUGUUCAACUUAUUUUCUAUUAAUUAUUUUCUGCUCAUGGAUGUACUACCAUCUUCCUGUAUAGCAUUUUGCUGUAAAUGAUUGUCGAGUAAAUUUUUGAUUCGACAAACAUAAAUAUCAUAUUUGUAUGCUAUAGCUAUAGUUUGUGUAAUUA